AUGCUCAUCAACGAACCAUCUGUUAUGACGUUGCAUUUACCUCAUUUGACUCCAGGUAACAGUCGCAAAUGUGAGCUUCUUUUAAAUUUUCUCACUAGGUUCAAUGCGUGACUUACUCUGAAUAGCUCAAAAAAUUCUUAAAUCUGCUCUGAGAAACUUUGGUUCAAAAAAUCGGGAAAACAUUUGUUUAGAACCAAUUGUCUGAUCACUUUUUGUUAUCCGCUAAAAAAAAUAGUUCUGAAAAAUCUUUUUUUUUGAAUUCAUGGUUUUCUGUCCCUAAAAUCAGGCCCCAUUGAAAAAAAGAACUAUUUUUCAUUAUCUCAGUUUAUAUUGUUCCCUUGAAACUUAUUUUUGAUUCCAUCUCAGCAAGCGUUGCCUUCGAUGACGCGGAAAAAAGUGACAGCGAUCCUACAGACAUACCAUUAUACACUGCCCUCCCACGGAAACCCUGGGUCCAUGAACCUAAAGCCACGUCAGUCCCUUCCGAAACUUCAAAAGCUCAAAACUUUGUUCAGAAUUUUCUUCGUCCGAUUGAUCACCAGUAUGUAUGCUCUGGUUUUGACUAUCGUGGCCAUUGUCGUCGAAAUAUCGCCCACGUGGCGAGCUGAGUUGUGGCUCGCUGAAACGGUAAACAAAACUUUCAAACUUUGGUUCUUAUUUAUGAAUUUCAAGAAAGUCUGCGAAGUUUUUUUGUGCAGAGACUGAAAUUUUCGAAAAUUUCUCUCAAAGCUUAGUCAGUUUGAUUGAAGGUGUUCUACUGCACGAUGUAUGGAAUCGGGAUUCUCUUCUUCAUCUACUGCUACUUGUUCAUUAUUUAUCCAGAAGCCUACAACUAUCUCAUCAGAUUGAGCUCGAAACUUCGAUUAAUUUCCAAUGAGAAGGUCUUGAGGGACAACUCGGAAAAUACCAACUUCAUUGUUACAGAACUGGUUGAUUGUCAAGACAACUCAUGCUGGAGAAGGAGCAGGAACUCUUUACCUCCGCUUGGGAACACUAUGUACCUUACUCUGAAUAGAAAAAUGAAGUCAUGUUUUUUCUUGCAGUUUUUGGAAUCAUUGGAAUCGUGCUGUUUGGCCUGGAGGUUGUUUUGUGCGUGGAGAACUCGACGUGUCGACAAUCAGCGGUGGCAAAAAACGUGAUAGGCAUAAUAUUCACUUUUAUUCAAAUGCACUUUAUCUUCUGUAAUUCAAAGGUUAUUCGAAAGAGCUUCUGGGAAAAACUGCAGUUUCAGAUCACAAUUGACCGAACUCGCAUCAUCGCUUAUUUCGGAAUGAUGCAUCUUGUUGCAGUGAACCUUUGGACCUGGUUCCGAUUCGUCUUGGCGAAAACAGUUGAGAUUAAUGAAAAAUCAAAAAAAAACUUUGUUUACAGGAAGCGAAACAAGCAAAGAAGAUAAAAUCGGAAAAAAUCUAUUCAUCUUCCUCUUCUUCUGAAGAGAUUCUAGAAGCUGCCACCACUCAGGUUUUGGAAGAAUUAGAAAAUUGGCGAUGAAAAGAAUUCUAGAUAUAUCGAUACUUCCAAGAAGCAAAUAAGACAUCUGAACCUGGCACGGAAUAUUUGCAACCAGUUAAAGUCACCACGACCACAGUUUCCAGUGUGACCGCGAUUAGUCGCCUGUAUGCAAUGGAUCAUUUUGGAGACCUGGCAACUUUUCUUACAACCUGCCUAGUGGAGUAAGUUUGAAAAAAAUAAGAUUUGAGAAGUGGAAAGAUAAACCGGGCUUUAAUGACUGCACGAGACUUUUUAAUAAUAACAAUUAAGUCGUGAAACAAGAUUUUUUUUUUGUUUUAAACCUGAUUUCUCGAAUACGCUGAAUUUCGAGUUUAACUCCAUUUUCCUGUUUCAGGUACUCGAUCAUUGGCGCUGCUGUGAUGUUUAUUAUCUGGAAGUCUAUUGGACAUGUACCUGAGCAGCAACAAGUGAAACGCAAACAAAAAAUGAGGAUAGAUUGCAGGUUCUUUAUUUUUGCUCAUCGAAUGAUUAACAUUUUUUUAAAGCUCGUCAUCAGCUGGAUUUUUUGCCGGGAUCAUUUUCAUGAUCGGAUCUUUUGUGUCGAUGGGCGCUUACUCGAUUUGUGAGAGCAUUCGGAAUAACUCAGCCGCCCAAUUAAUGAUUGGAAUCGUCGACUUGUGUCUUUUCACCAUUGCUUUGGGUGCUUGCCUCAUUGGCCUUUGGAGGUGAGACUCCAGUCUGGUUUACUUUAUUGUCAACACUAUUUUUUUCCUGCGAGUCAUCCGUUCAAACAACUUUUUUUUUCAAAAAAAUUUUUUCAGAAUGCGCUUACUGCAAUAUCGUCUUCACGCCCAUGGAGAAAUAAUCGACGAAAUUUUGUUGAUAAUUGGUCUGAUCGGAGAAAUUGUUUAUUGUUCCGUAGGUAAGUGAACGAGCAAGCAAAUAGGAAAAGUUUCAUCAAUCAACGUUUGUUCUUAGGAAUGGAUGUUUUCCUAGCCGGUAGGAAGUUUCCAGACGGGCAUUCGCUACUCCCCGCUUUUGUGUUUGUUGUUCGGAUAGUACAGGUUAUAGUGCAGGCAGCAUUUAUAUUGAUCACAUCAAGGUAUACUAGACUGAUUGGAUCAUUUUUUGAUUAUUUUUCUCCAGGCUACGUUGUCUGUCUCCGUACGCUGCAAAGUACAAGCCAGGAAAGGAAAUCAUCACGUUUCUUCUAGUUUCGAAUGCGUCACUUUUUGGAUUCCACAGUUUUGAGGGUAAUGAAACUGCCAGCAGAGUCAAUAUGAAAUCCGAACAUUCAGCUAUGAAAUCUAGCUUUGGAUUUUCUUCCAAGGCCGCGUACUCAUACAACAGUAUCAUCCAUGCAGUUUCACCGUUGCUGGUGUUUUACCGGUAAUUUCUUCUACUCUGAAUUUACAAAUGAACGUAUUUUGAAAAACCUCUGUAAAACUUUCGAUCAAAGCGCGAAAAACGAUUUCGGAUUUCGGCUUUUGUGGCAAGUUAUAGAGCUGCAAUGGAACCAAAAAGAGCUUAGAAAAGGCCAUAAGUCGGCUUAAAAAUUCAAAAAAAAACUGCUUCAAACAGGGACAAAAAUACUUUAUAUUAUGUAAGCUCAGUUUCAGGAUAUAUCCUAACUUGGUUCAUUCGCAUUGCCCCAGUUCAAACUCCAUUCGAAACAUAAUUUUACAGAUUCCAUAGCUCCGCGUGUUUGGCCGAGAUCUGGAAACACACCUACAGUAGCAAAGUCAACGAUCAUGCUUCCGACGGCAGCAUAAAUUUCUCUCACACCAAUCUCACAAUAUCCACCCCCGUGUCGGAUACAGUGAGCAAUCACGACCUUUUACCUCACGGAGACUUGGGCUACGGAGAGGCCUAA